AUGGCGCGUUCCAGCAAUUUGAGACUUUGGUGUUUGGGGACGAAGCUUCUCCCUGACACUCUGUUAGCCGUUCUUCACCAGCAAAUCUGGUCACGACGCAAUCAGCCAGAUGAAGACCUCAAUGGCUUGCUUGAGAAGUUUUUAUCCCUGCCAUCUUCAUCCCGAAUGAAGGCGAAUGAGAACUCUCUCAUGGAACCUUACCAGUACAUCGUAGCAAUCGCUAUUCCCAUGGGAAUGUCGACUACGCACAAGGCUGCGUUCGCAUUACCUACUCAGGAUGUUCUGAACGCUCUGGAAGAGGCGGAGAAGCUAUUCCAAGCAAACCUGUCAUUGACUUCGGAAUGGUAG